UCUGUAAUCAUACGAGUGAUAAACAUAUCGGACUCCCGCUGCGCAUUCGUCCAAUUUCGUUAUCACUCAUAUGAUGACAGACCGAAUUGGACUCCACUCAGUCUUAUUACCAUUACUAAUUCAAAAAAGGUGGAUUCUUAUACGCGGGUUUUAAUUGUUCACGUUAUAGUGCGCGCGCACUUUCGAAUGGCAAGAGUCGUCAUUGGAAUUAUGACGCACUUUUGUGUUUCCCUCAGGGGUUCAAUUUGCUGUCGACUGAAGUUGUUUUUGACGAGUUUAUAAUUUCAAAGUAUAUAUCGCUCAUAAAGGUGAUUCAGAAAGAGUUUAAGCGGACAGAAUUUUGUAACGAAAUGUCUAGUUUUCUUCCUUCAAUUGAUACCGUCGGCAAAAGUUCUCUCGUCGCCGCGAAGAGGAUUUACUCGGCCGUUGAUUGCUUGGAAGGAGCUACGAGCAAUGGUCGCGGAGGGAAAAAGAAGGAUAGAAGGAAUCGGGCGCGUUCAAUGGAUGAUCAUACGCCUCACCAGAAAUCUGAAAGAAAAAAAGAAUACUCUCAGGAGUUGAGGAUGCGGAAGAAUAAAGCCCGAAUUGCGCAUGAAGAAAGUCUGGUAGAGCGAGAAAACAUGAAGGUUCUUAAAGAGAGGGGACUCCGCGAGAAGAAAAGACUGAAUCAGUUAUUUUCAGUUUACGCUGUACAGCACGGAUCCGCGUAUAGAGAAAGUGCAAAAGUCGUCAAACCGAAAUUUCCAGUUUUGUUAAAAAGUACAAAGAGUACAAAAACCACUGCGAUGUCGCGCGAGAAAAUUUCGCUUCCGCACAGCCCGCUUCCGAAUUUGCCCUCUGACAGCAGAGAAGGUUCUCAGGAAUAGUUUCUUACCAGGAAGAAAUAUCUCAAUUUCGGCUGGAAUCUGUCAAGAGUUUGUACUAUUUAGGGGAGUAUUUGGCAAUAUAUAGAAUGGAGAAACUUGCGACACACAGAAACUUCCAAGUCCUUUGUAAUUUGCAUUUUAUGGGCUUAGCUUGUGAUAGUCUUGUUUUUCUUGUUAAGUUUUGUUAUAAGCAUGGUUGUUAAUAUGGCAGCGUAAAGGGUUUUUUCUCGCUUUUGUU